AUGUCAACGACCAAAUGCAAUCAAUAUACAUGUCGGUCAAGCGGCAUAAAGACUACUAAAGCAGGCACUUAUACUCCCGAUCGUAAUUCUUCACCGCUUUGGGAGGAUUUUGUUGCAAAGACCACAAAAUUGCAUGCUUGUUUACGAGCUGCCAUUCAAGCAAUCGCAGCAUAUUUGGAUGCUUUCCAAAAAAUCGCAGACGCAGCAACAAAUUCAAGAGGCGCUUCUAAAGAAAUUGGUACAGCCUUAACAAGGGUCUGUUUACGACAUAGAGCUGUUGAAACACGUCUUAAAACUUUUACUACGGCAAUAAUGGAUUGCCUUGUACAACCAUUACAAGAUAAAUUAGAAGACUGGAAACGUUCAGUUGCCACCAUCGACAAAGAACAUGCCAAAGAAUAUAAACGUUGUCGCACGGAAUUAAAAAAACGUUCCAGCGAUACGCUUCGCUUACAGAAAAAAGCACGCAAAGGUCAAACCGAUUCAAUACAGUCAUUAAUGGAUUCGCAUAUGCAAGAUGUGACACUGAGACGUGCCGAACUCGAAGAAGUUGAGAAGAAGUCAUUACGUUCUGCUAUGAUUGAGGAACGUUUAAGGUAUUGCACAUUUGUGAAUAUGUUGCAACCUGUAGUAAAGGAAGAAUGCGAAGUGAUGUCUGAGUUGGGACAUUUACAAGAAGCAAUGCAAUCAAUCGCUAUGGUUACUAAAGAACCAAAUGUGUUGCCACAAGCUUCAGAGGAAUUAAUUCAUGAUGCGAAAGCAACUUUAACACUUUAUCCUGAAUCUCCUGGUGGUGGUUCUGGUUCACAAGGAAAUUGUUCAAAUUCAUUAGGUUCACGUAAAAGUUCCGUUUGUUCAAUAAGUUCCAUGAAUAGCAGUGGCUCAAGUAAUUCACCUGGUCAUCAUCACUACCCACGAUCUUUAUCACAAUUAAUAUCGCCUGCAAUACGCUUAAAACCUGGUGAAUCCAGUGAUAGUGGCUUUUGUUCAUCGCCAGCCUUAACUACACAGGCUUCUACUGCCGCUAACCAAUCACACGCCGUGUCUACAUGGCCUCCACAUUCUCAAGAUGACGCUACAAUACCGCCUACUGCAGAUCGUCCACAUACAAUUUCGUCGGCUUAUGAAAAGGGACAUCAAAGACCACCACUAACCGUGUAUACUUUUCAAAAUCCUGAAACUAUUUUAGAAGGUGGUCCGAAUGGUGGUAACAGCUCUGGUCCAAAUACACCAUCUACACAAAAGUCACCAGCUGGUGCUUUAAGUCGCCCACCACUACCAGUGAAACCUGCACGUGUGCGUUGUUCUUCUCUUGAAAGACCCCUUUCCGCAAAUAACAAUCGCAAUGGAAAUUUAAUACAACGUCAAUGUCCAUCACCAAUUCCAGCUCAUAUAACGAAAGAGCUCUCUGCGCAUCAUGCACAGCAACAACAGUAUCAACAACAGCAACAGCAACAACAACAGUUGCAACAACAACAGCAGCUGCAAUCCCCGCCCACUUAUGUUAAUAUGUCAGAAUUGGCCAAUAUGGCGGCUUUAAAGUAUACUAACCAACAAAAACAACAGCAAUCGCUCCUGCAACAACAGCCUUCCAUUGAUUCAAUAUCAUCACAACACUCCAAUGAAUCAGUUGCAUCUAAUACCCAACAAGCACAACAACAACAGCAACAACAACAUAUAUCACAAAACCAUGACACAAUACAGAAUUCAAGCACAACACGUUCUCAUUCCAUUUCUUCUACAAAUUCCUCAAACACACCAUCAUUACACUCACAUCCCUCUAUAGAGUCUACUGUUGCCACAUCAUUAAUGGGUCAAACUCCAACACCGUCCAGUGGUAGUUCUACACCCCAAAACCAUUACUCACCACUUUUAACAAAUUCACCAUCGUCAACCGCAGCUGGUACACCAAGUGGAGCCAGUAUAACAAGCGGCAUGACAAGUGGUUUUGCAUACAACGUAAACUCUCCUACACCUCCACCGAGUGGUACACAUUCUGUUAGUAGUAGUGACGCUUUGAAAAUAACCGAAAUCGAUGGUGGUAACAGUACACAUAAUUCCAAUACACCAACAAAUGACACAUCCAAUACAAUUACACCAAGUGCUAGCACGAAUAUGACUGAAAAUUCCAAAACUGUUAUCGAUACAGAUUCAUCGACUAUUGUGGAGAGCGACGAAAGAUCGCGUGCGUCCGUUUUACAGAAAGCAUCAAUGUUUGAAAAACAAGCUGCAGCAGUUGCCAAUAGUACACCAACUCCAACAGUCGCACGAGCACCGGUCGAAUCAAAUAUUUAUGGUACACGUCGCGCAGAAGACACACGAUCCACAUCAAAUACACAAAACCAAAAUAGUCAUCAGUCGAUAUAUGAACAACAGGAUGUAGAUAAAAGUUUCGAAGAUUCAAUACAAGAAUUAAAUAAUUUAAUUGGCGAAUUAGACUCAUUCCAACGUGAAAUAGAUGCGAGUAAGCAACGCAGCAAUGAUUGUAGCAGCAAUACCAGCAGCAGCAACAUUGACCCAUUUAACAAUAGUGGAAACGUCACUGAGUUCUCUGAUAAGUUAAUAAUUUCUGAUAGGACAAUAACACCUACAACGACAACAACUAUUAUUUGUCAGCAACAGCAACAACACCAGCAGCAACAACAAAAAUAUUGUCCAAGCAAUCAAACGAAUUCAAGUGGUUGCGGUACUGAUAUAUCUGAUACAACAUCCGAUGAAAUGGUAGCAGAUACACGUUCUCUUACAAGUCUCAAUUACAAUAAUAAUGAUAAUGAUAAUAAUAAACAAAGUUGCAAUUACAAUAGCGAUUCGGAGCUGAGCCGUUGCUAUGUGAGCGAAACAAGUUCGUUGACGGGGGGCUAUGAGAAUCCAACGUUUGCGCAUUUUGCUUCUUCGACGGCAGUUGCUGGUUUAAGCUCAGCGACUGCAGACAGUGAUAGUCAUAUAUUAUUUGCUGGCGAUAGCAUAUCACAUACAUCUGAAACAUUAUCAAUGCAGCGACACGCCUAUGUAGACAAUGCCAGUGACAAUGGUAGUGCAGUGGUUGUGAUAUACGAUCAUCAAAUUCCAAUAACACCCGAUAUUGAUUAUGUGAAGCAAAACUCGGAAAUAGUUGUAUUGCGUACAAAAGAUCCACAACAAUUGCAAUUACAUGAAGUUCGUGAGUUACAGCAGCUGCCUGCAAAUUUAAGUGGGUUAACAGAAUCUCCAACAACGCCCACAAGUCCCCAUACAGCAACUGUUGCGCCCGCAAAACAACGCCUCUCUUCAUUUCGCGCUUCCAGUGAGCAGCAAUUGCAGCUACUCGGUAUUAAUAAUGGUGGAAAUAGUAAAAACGUUCAUCGUCAACAAAUGGAAAAAGGUAUGAAUGAUGUAAAAAAUAAUCUAAAACAAAAAACUAGCGAAUCAUCGAUAAAUUGUGAUACGAUCACAGAAACAAUAUCAACACCUACCGAUACCAUAAUACAACGUAAGCUCCCACCGAAACCAAGUUUAAGCAUAUUUAAUGGCAGUGCAACGAAUGUGGAAGUUAAUAAUAAUAAUAAAAUAUUGUCAACACAGAAUAAUAUGCAGCAAACGCAAAAUCUACCACCACAAUUGCCGCCAAAACAACAAUCUGCAAAGCUUGAUUUUAAAGCCGACUUAGAUGCAAAAAUACGUAAACAAAAACAGAAGUUGAUAUUAUUAGAAAAACAACAAGAACAGCGUCAAACAAAUGACCAACAACAAACAUCACCACAGUCAUCAUGUCCCAGCAAUACUACACAAAAUAGCGAUAAUUGUAAUACAAUAAUAAGUCAUAAUAAACGUUCAUUAAAUACACCGCCUACAUCUGCAUCUGCAUCCGCAUCAGUAGUAAAUGCCAGUAUUACAACAUCUUCUACCUCUUCCUCACAAACGCAUUUAAAUAGUAACUUAGUAAAUCAUGAACUGAACUCACUACAAAAUCAUAAUGCUCAUUCCCAUCAAAUGCAACUACACGAACAAUUGAAAAAAAUCCAAGCAUCUCAAUCUAAACAAUUACAACUACAACUACAACAACAUCAACAUCUUAAUUCUCAUAACCAAAAUCAUACAAAAUUUAAUAAAUCAUUGCCAUCGCCAUUACCAUCUUCAGUAUCAGUAUCAAUGUCAAUAUCUGUAUCAUCUUCAUCCUCCAUGCCUGAUACGAGUACUUCCCUAGUCGCAUCCCAUAUGUGUGCCAACAGUGCUGCUGCUAUGGUCACGGCUAAUGCACCGGUGUUAUCAACAAAACCGAGCAUAACGCCAAGACCAGCUUCCUUAUCGGGAGGAGUAACGAGAAUUGCACGACGUUCUUCGGUAAAUACAGCAAAGCCACCGCCACCAGUUAGACGAAGUUCAUCAGUAACACCAAGUCCCAAUACUCCAACUGCAUUGCAAACUGAACAUCCUCAAAUACACUCAACUAGCACGAAUUUAAUUUAUCAACAGCAAACUUUUAUGAAUAAUUCUACCGAAAGUUUACCUCCACCGCCAGCAUUUUUACUUGAUUCAAGACAAACACAAUCCACACCAACUACACCACCAAAACUAAUGCCAAACUCUGCAUUAAAAGUAGCUGAGACUGUAAAGGCUUUAUCUGCCAUACAACAUCAGCCAGCAUCACCGAACUCUUUACGUCGUCUACAACAAACCCAACAAAUAGCAACGCCAACAGGUGGACUACAGCACCCAUCGCAACAUAACCUCUACUCUACUACAAAUUCAUCUAUUACCGCUUCCGUUAUGUUUAGUCGUAGCGAUACUGAUUAUGAAGCUUAUUACAAUCCUUAUGUGGAAAUAAACUCCUCCUUUUCCAACGCUUAUCAGCAACAGUCGCAGCUUUAUAAUACUGCCUAUAUACCUAAUCCAAAAUUAUUGCACAUGCCUAUUCCUAAUGAUGAUAUAACGACACAAACACCACCAUUGCCUCCGCCUAAUCCUAAUCAAACACGCUCAAGCCAUAAUCAGCCAGAUCAGUACAUGCAUUAUCAUCAUCAACAACAACAACAACAGCAACAACAGCUCCGAGACAAGCAACAAUUUUAUCAUCAACAACAACUGCCGCAACAAAGAGAUAUAGAAAAUAGCGAUGCAAUUUACGGAAGUAAUUCUUCUUUCCGCACAUCAUCGCCAGGCAUUUAUGCACAACCGAAAAUUGUCAACAAUAUGUCUAGUUUUCGUUCAGCAAGUCCAGGUUCAAAUGGACAUCAUAUUCAUCAACCGCAAGCACAGCAUUCACAUCAAACACAACCAGCACAGCCAAAAACGAAUCCUAAUCUAAUAGCGCAACUAAAUGCGCGUCUAAAUAAUAAGCAACAGCAAUUGAACGCUGCUGAAGGUGGUAUUUAUGGCUCGACACCAAAUUCACCCAAUCAUCAUUAUAAUCAUUCACAACACCAACAACAGAAUGAUACCAUUUAUAUGCGUAACUAUAACCAACAUCCACAAGCGCCGCAACAGCAACAGCAACAGCAGCAAAUCUACGACGCAGCUGCCCAUCAGCAACAAGCGGCAUCAUCACGCCAACAAAAUGCUGCCGGUGCACAGCAAGUGACAUCACAUUCACAGUCCACCACUCAUUAUACGUGUCCACCACCGCUUGAAAAUCCGCCACCGCCGCCCAUAUCUGCUCCAAAUACAUAUGCUGCUACUGGCAAUAAUGCUUCAGCUACAUUGCCAAAAAAUAGCUCACGCUCCAUUAGUAAUAAUAAUGGUAGUGGUGGGCAGAAUUUGGCUGCUUAUGCUGCUGCAACAUCUGCAACUUCCACUAUGCCAAAAAAUUUUACACAACAACAACGUUUGCAGCAUCAGCAUCAGCAACAUCAACAACAUCAUCAUCAGCAGCAACAACAACAUUAUCAACAGCAACAAUAUCAUCACCCAACCGCCAUUACCGGAACCGCAGCGGGAGUUGCACUCAAUCAACAUGUUAGUCAACGUCCACCAAUGCCAUUACCACAUCAUCACCCACAACAUCAGCAAAAUAAGAAAAGCGUUACAGCAUCAACAUUACCACAUCAUAAGCAGCCACCGGUACCAUCGCGUCAUUCCAGUGUACAACAAAAAAUCUUUGUUGCUACAAAUCCUUUUAUACAAACAACUGCUGUGCACUGCCACUCGCCUUCGUCGAUACACUCAACACCAGCAUCGCCCACUUGCUCAUCACCUUCGAAUUUGGCAAGCAUUUAUGGUACUAGCGGCCGUAGUAGUGCAGCACACCAAUAUUACAGAGAAACAACUGGCGGCGGUCAUAGCAGCAGCAGUGGUGGCGGUAAUAGUUACUAUAAUAAUUCGGCAACCUCAAACUCUGUACAUAAUUCAAAUUAUACGUGCACAAAUAUUGAAAAAGCUGGAAGCAUAAGGUCAAAAACUAAAGCUGAAUUCCUUGAGAAUCUCAAUGCGAAAUUGGCCAAGCAAGGCAUGUCGGGACGUGCAUUUGCUGUACGAAAUUUAAUAAAUAGUAAAGCUUUGCCGGAUCCUCGUCUUUGUCAUGAAUCCUUGAUGGAUCAAAUCAAGCGUGGCGCUACACUUAAGCGAAAUCAAAAGAUUAAUGAUCGUAGUGCACCAAAAAUUUAUUAGGAGAAUCAAUUAAAGAACAAUAAAAAAGAAAUUGAAUUCAGCCAAUAGAGGCAAUCCCUGGCAACUCGAAUACACGAAUAUAGUCCUUUGGAAACUGUAUACUGAAGAGUAUAGUUCGAAACUAGCUUAUACCAAAAACUCUUCAAAAUGAAAUUAAAUAAAAAAUACAAUAUAUUUGAAAUUUAAACAUAAUUAUUU